AUGGCCAAGUUGCAUUCAUCGCUCCUCUCGCGCGAAUGUGAGAUGUUCCAGAACAUGUUCUCUCGCCCUGCGCGGGUAACAUCCUCAAUGAGUCUGGAUGGCCCACCUGAGAUGACCAAGAAAGGCAAGGAGGGCAGCUGCGAUGAGAAUCCUGUUAUCAUACCACAGCUUCAACCGCAGUCUUUCCGCAACUUUUUGCUGAUAAUUUAUGGCCGCCCCGGUGAUAAAGAAUUCAGAUCUCUGUUCAAGAAUGCUACUGAAUUGGCGCAUGCCCAAGCGAUCAUGGCUUUUAUCAAGAUUAUUGACAUAGUCGACCUGGCGCACCGAUUCAUCGCCCCCGAUAUCGAAACUUGGGCGCUUUCUCAGCUAAAGAGCUAUUCAUAUCUAAUUGAGACCAUAAAUGCCUAUCCAAUCAGUUCGGAAUCACACAGUCGAUUGUUGGGCUACUCUAAAAGGACUGAACACGAAGAGUUGAUUCUAUGGGCUCGACAUUGGACCCGGAGUUACUAUGCUGGUGCCAUCGAAACCCCUAGCAUUGCGUCAUCAGCUUUCAGGCCUAUCCAAAUAAUUAGGGAACAACUUGUACAAGAAUACAAGCUUGCAGAGAUGACACGGUCAAUGGAUACCCCCAUUUUUGGAUAUCUUUUUUGCCUUCUUCUUAGUCUUGGUCAUGAAUUCUGGGAUAAACAAAGCGGUUUGACGCGUGAAGACCGAAUUACGUUAUUGGGAGCUCAAGUCCGUCUCACUCCUUUACCCCAGUCCAUCCCUCUUGACUGGAUCUAUUUGGGAAGCCCCGAUCAACCCGGGCUAAGAGCUAGUCUUGAACUAUGCUCUGAGUGUCACUUUACGCGAACUUGGCGGGCCGUUUUUGGUAGCACCUAUCAAGACAUGCUAGGGAGCAUUGCACCUUUGGGCGGCGUGUUUGCCCUUUCCAUACUACCGAGUCGGAGGCAGAAGUUCGCCAAUGGGACGAAGAGCUUGGCGUCCGAUACAUGCACCAAGAACUGUCGAGAUGUAUGCCUGAAAUACAUUGACAAGAAUAUGGACGCAGUUUUCCAUCGCCUAACCAAGUUCUGUAAGAAGGUGGAAUAG